AUGGGUGACAUCGAGGGAGGUUCUUGCGCAACGAUGUGCUUUGAAGCCGACGGGGUGCACACCAAGGAACAGUUGAUCUACAAAGGUCAAGGCAUGGGAAGCUACUCGCAGGUCUCCAGCAUGGAAAUGGUUGGAAAGGGGAGGGGCGACUUUGAGAAGGAACGGGUUCAGGCGAAUUUGUGCCAAACUUUUGAUUGCGCGGGACGCAGGGAUGUCCCGGUGCCACACGUGGUGCCUGUGCCGGUGCCCCCUCCUCCAAGACAAGUGAUCGAACACAAGGUCUACGUGCAUCACAGCGCUUUUGAUUGUGAUGCUGGUUCUGUAGAUUGGAAGCAUCAAUGGUCUGGCGAACAACAACGCUAUUGUUGCUACAAGAGCCACAUUGCUUGCACAACCAAGAUUAACGUCCGGCCGCAUUUCCACACAAUCACGCAUUACAAGACCCAGACCGUGCCUGUGCAUGUGGCAAUUCCAGCGCCGCCAGCACAAGUGGUCAACCACGUAGUGAAUGUGCCAAUCCACGACCCCCCACGCAUGAUCCGGGUCCCUGUGCCAGGGCAGCCGAAUGUGGUGCCCAAGUAUGUGCAUCAGAAGCACUAUGUGCCUGUGCCAGAGGCCAGCCCUCCCACCUAUCAUUCCGUGCCUGUGCCUGUGCCUGUGCGAGAGCCAGGCCAUGUGAUCCCCGUGCCUGCCCCGCUGCCAUCUCAGACAGUGGUCAGGAACAAGGUGAUCUACAAGACCAGACAUGUGAAGAUGGGGCAUGUUGGUCAUGAAGUUGUUCAUGUCGUGCAUCAUUGGGGCGGCUCCCACCACUCGGGCGGCAGCUACCAAGGUGCGGGUGACAACUUCCAUGGUGACAACGUCCAUGUGGUGCAUCACUAUGGCGGCUCCUACCACUCGGGCGGCAGCUACCACGGUGCGGGUGACAACUUCCAUGGCGACAACGUCCGUGUGGUGCAUCAUUAUGGCGGCUCCUACCACUCGGGCGGUAGCUACCACGAUGGUGGUGCGGAGUUCGAUGGUGGCAGCACCCAUGCAGUACAUCACUACAGCAGUGGUGGUGGUUCAUACCAUGCUGGUGGGGCUGUGGAACAGUUCAGCAGCCAUUCCGGAAGCUUCCACCAUGAUUUCCACUGA